AACUAACAAUGGUACUGAUAAAUUUACAUACAAUGCUUUAUUGAUUCAAUUCGUACUCUUUGUCACCAUUGCAUUUUUAAUUCAAUUCAUUAUAGGUAAGCAAGGAUACAAGUAACGAUGCAUCUUGUAGGAUUAUUGAAUUGAAUUAAAAAAUAUAAUUCGAAAAAAAAAAAAAAGAAUUAAAAAAUAUAAUGGUGACAGAAAGUCAGAAUUUGCUGAUCAUUGCUCAAAGAAAAAUGGAUUUAUUUCCGGGAAAAAAAAAAACUGAAGACCAAGUUGAAUUGUGAAUCUGUGAUGUGGACAAUCAUUCUGUAAGCUCUCAGCUGUGGACAUUUUUCCCGUCAAACAAGUCGACCGCGAAAUCUCCGGCGACCGGAUAGUGUCGGCUAACUUACAAGACAAGCGCAGCGACGUAUCCCGCGCACCAACUCCAACGGUGUCGUAUUCAUCCCAUCCCUCCAAAAUGACGACAGACGAAGAGAUCAUCAACGAGCUCGAGGAGUCAACCAAAGAUGCCACGCGCCACCAGCUGGAGACCCUCCGGAUCAUCCUGGAACACAACUCUGGCGUACGUUAUCUCGAGCCCUACCUCCGAGGCUAUCGUGCGCCCAUCGACGCUGGAACUUUCCGGCGUGUGGUGCCUUUGUCUUGUUACGAUGACUACGCCGAUCACAUCCGUCGGAUGGCCGACAACGACGGGGAUGAUGAUCGGUCACUCCUGUCUGUUGAUCAUCUGGUCUGUUUCUUUUACAGUUCGGGGACGAGUUCAAUGAGGCCAAAAGCGAUUCCUUAUUUUGAUUCAAUGCCCUCAAAAGCCAUCUCUUAUUUAGCUCACCAGGGCAGUUCUGCAAUUCUUCGAAGGCUAUUUCCUCCAAUACCCUCUGUCAACAAGUCUCUAUGGUUUAUAUAUGCCGGUAAUGUUACCAAAACAAAAGGUGGAUACAAGGUUAUGGCAGCCUCUGCAUUCCCUAUACACGGCAAUAGCUCGAAAUUUCCCCAUUUUCUCUCUUCAUGUGUUAGUCCCAAAGAAGUAAUUUUGGGAUCGGAUGUUCAGCACCAAAUGUACUGCCACCUCCUCUGCGGCCUUAGGUAUUCGAAUGUAGUUGAUAACAUUCGAGCACCAUAUGCUGCAAGUCUAGUCAAAGCGUUUUGUCUUUUAGAAUCUAAGUGGGAGCAGCUAUGCGAGGAUCUUGAGCAUGGGUUUCUGAGUUUGGAGAUCAAUGAUGUUGCAAUGAGAGAUUCUGUUAUUGAAGUUCUUUGUGGUCCACAACACGAUUUAUCGAAGAAGAUUCAAUCAAUUUGUGAAGAAAAGAAAUGGGGAGGGAUUUUAAGUAAACUAUGGCCAAAUGUUCGUUAUGUCAAAUGUGUUAGCACAGGAAGUAUGGAUCAAUAUUAUUCAAAGCUCAAGUAUUAUGCAGGAGAGAUACCGGUGUUAGGUGGGGAUUACUUUGCUUCGGAAUGUUGUGUGGGUAUUAACUUGGACAUUAUGCAACCACCGGAGCUGACACGAUAUGUUAUGCUGCCAACUGCAGCCUAUUUUGAGUUUAUUCCUUAUUUUGAUUCGAAUAGUAAGACCAGUGUCACUGCUGAAGAAACACUGGAUCUUUCUGGUGUUGAGGUGGGGAAGCUGUACGAAGUGGUUGUGACUACUUAUAGAGGAUUUUACCGAUACCUUUUGGGUGAUGUUGUGAAAGUUGUUGGCUUCUAUAAUUCGUCCCCCCAAAUUGAGUUUGUGAUGAGAGCUCCUAAAGCUCCUGGUGAGAUAAUAACCGAAAGAGACUUGAUGUCUGCCGUGGCUAAUUUCCAACUCGUGCUAAGAAAUAGAAUGACGGUAGAGAUAACCGAGUUUGCCAGUUUCUUGGAGUUGGAGUUGAAUCCAAAACAAUUGAAGAUUUUUCUAGAAGUUGAAAUGGGAUGUAUGUUUCUGGAAAAAGAGAAGUUGCAGGAGUCCGUUAUGGUUCUUAGAAGUUGCUGUUCCUCUCUCGAGGAUGGCUUGGGAGGCAUGUAUAAGGUGAUGAGGGAAAGAGGCGAAGUCGAGCCUUUGUUGGUAUACAUUGUAAAGCCUGGCAGUUUUGAUAGGUUAUUACAACUAGCUGUAGAAAAUGGAGCACCGGCGAGUCAAUACAAACCGCCAAAAAUUAUAAGAAAUCGCAAGUUUGUGGAUUUCAUGGAAGUCUCCGCUGUUGUGAAUGUCUGCUUAGAUUCUUCGGAUUGUUAGGUCCUGAAACAGCAAAUAAUGGAACACAGAGAAAAACUGGAUCCUUCGUUUUUUAUUUCUCCUCUGGUGAAAAACAUGCUUUUAAUGCUUUCUGAGUCUGAUAUGUAAGUUGAAACCUUGUGAAAUCAUACAUUCUGUUUUAUAAUUAUUUGAGCUGAAUAAUUGAAGUUGUGUGAAUCGAGAUGAUUUUAUUUGAUGCUUCCAUAGGGUGGAAUCCAAAAUGUAAAUUCUUGAUGAGGAUUUGAAUGUUCCGUUCAAGAACACAAUGAAAAACAAUAUAUUUUUGUAAGAAUUAUUCUCUCCCUUGCUUUAAUUUUUUAUUUUUUUAGUUUAAUUACACUGACCAAUCCGAAGAAAGACAUAUUUAUUGCUGACCUGUGCGUAUUUCAAAUAUAACACUGAUCUCCCUUGUCAGUAAAAAUACGUAGGGUUCUAUAUCUAAGUUCUUAUUCUUAUUCAUCAUCUCUAUGUCCCUAAUACAUAAAAAAUAAAUAAAAAAAAUACUCAGAGAAAAAAUGUUUGGCAACUAUCGCAACUGUUUCAAAGUUAUUCCUAAUACAGCUACAAUCCAUCAUAUGAAUACUUAGGUCUAGGAAUUAGGAUUGACUCAAUAUAAGUUGGGACCUAAGACAGUGACUUCUAAAUUACUUUUUUGAUCCUUAAAAAGGAUAGAAAAACAUUCUUCCAAAUUAUUUACCCCAAAAAAAAAAAAAUUCCAAAUUAAGCUGCAACUAAAAAUGGAUAGAGACCCAUUAUAGUGAAAGCAUAGAUGGUAACUGAUUAAGGAUUACAUAUGAUUAGUUUGUGCAAUUACUUUCCUUUACUUUAUAAGUAAUUUAAAAAAAAACAAAAAAAAACAAAAGCAAUAUUCAUUAAGAAGAAAUAGCAAGAAGAUCAACAUUCAUAUACGUCAAAGAGGCAAGUAGGCCAAACGUGUCACUAAAAUCAGUGACCCCUCCUCUCUCCAGGGUCCAUUUUCUCAAUUCAUGAUUGGCCUGUCUAGCAUUAUAUGUCACUGUCUCAAAUUUAGGUACC